AUGCCAAGUUUAAUACAAUUCUUUAUACGACCAAUCGACGUUUUCUUUAAGAGGUUAUAUUCGUCAAUAUCCCAAUUAUUCGACAUGAUUGCGUCAUCAUCACUGUUGAAUAGGAAGUUAUCCUCAGAACAGCUUUUGUACCGCAAAAAGGACCUUAUUAACGUCACAUUAGCAUCACAAGGGAUUGUGAUUGGAAGUCUACGAUCUCAGGGGAUAGAACAACAAAAUGGUCAAGUAUUGGAGUCAAAUGACGAUAGUGAAGAUUUGGAAAACGCGGAUACUUCAAGUGGGUUGAUGAGGCUUUGUAAUAGUUGUUUUGGAGGGAAGUCAAUUUCCUCAGAUACGAAAAUCCCGCAAUUCAUAUCUUACAAGAACAUAUUACACACUGAAGCUUUGGGAUCCGAAGAAAAUCAUGAGGUCAAAUUAACAUUUGUCACCCCUGACCAUGAUGAUUAUUUGAAGAAAGCGUCUAAAUUGUCAAUCCAUACAAUUAAAGUUCAAGUUCAGAAUUAUGAUAUUCAAAAACACUCACUGGAGACUAUAACCAGUUAUAUUCAAAACAAGGCAUACCACUAUAAAGUGUUACAACAACCAUCGGUGUUGGUUUUGAUAAACCCUCAUGGUGGUCAAGGUAAUGCAUUGAAAAUCUACAAUGGGGAUAUUAAACCCAUAUUGCAAGCGGCUCGUUGCAAAAUUACUUAUCAAGAGACAAAUUAUUCAGGACAUGCAACUGAUAUUGCAAGAGGUUUGAACAUUGAUGAUUAUGAUGUAAUUUUGUGCUGUUCAGGUGACGGAAUACCUCAUGAAGUAAUCAACGGGUUCUACCGACGUAAAGACUAUGGUGUUGCGGCAUUUAACAAAUUAAUUAUUACUCAAUUACCUUGUGGAUCAGGAAACGCCCUAAGCUUAAGUACAUUGGGAGGCUCAGGUGCCACACAAAUUGCCACCUGGCUUAUGCUUAAAUCAAAACCAAGUAAAUUAGAUUUGAUGGCAGUGACUCAAGGAACGGGAGAUAAACAAGUUACCAAACUAUCCUUCUUGAGCCAAUGUUAUGGUAUUGUUGCUGAUUCAGAUAUUGGAACUGAACAUUUAAGAUGGUUAGGUGCUAUUCGUUUUGAAAUCGGAGUCAUGCAAAAAGUGUUUACAUUUGCUAAAUAUCCAUGUGAUUUAUAUGUUGAAGCAUGGACUAAAGAUAAAUCACUUAUUGCUCAACAUGUCGAACUGCAUUUGGCCAAUACCAAUAAUGGAAAUAAUAACAGUGAUUUACGUGUCGUCACGCAAGAAGAUUUGAAAUUGCGUCAACCAUCAUUGGAUGAGCCUGUGCCAUCGCACUGGAAAACAGUUCCACAAUCAAUCACUGAAAAACUCAAUGUGUUUUACGUAGGAAACAUGCCUUAUGUCUCCGCAGACGCCCAAUUCUUUCCUGCUGCUUUACCUGAUGACGGACACAUGGAUAUGGUAAUCACCGAUACAAAUGCAUCCAUACUCAACAUUGUAUCAAUUAUGAUGAAUGUGGAAAAAGGUACCCAUGUCAAUGAUGAAAAUGUGAUACAUGCUAAAGUCAAAUCCUAUCGUUUAGUGCCGAGGUUGAAAAGUACCGACAACCAUUAUAUUUCUGUUGAUGGGGAAAGCUUCCCGGUGGAAGCAUUACAAGUUGAAGUUUUACCCAGUAUUAUGACUGGGUUGUUGUACGAUGGAAAAUUCACUGAAACUGUGUUGACUGAAUAA